CUCAAUGUUAGAGGGAAAACUAAAUGGAAGGGGUGGUACAAUGCUCAGCCAACUAUGUACCACUCUCUCCUAUAAGCUUUUUAGAGAGAGCAGCUUUUGUAUAUGGAGACAAGGUCUCCAUUAUCUAUGGGAAUACAAGAUAUUCAUGGAGUGAAACUCACCAUAGAUGUCUCAUGCUCGCCUCUGCUCUCUCUCAGUUGGGUGUUACCCCUGGUGACGUUGUUGCAGCUUUGGCCCCGAACGUUCCAGCACUCUAUGAAUUGCACUUUGGUGUUCCAAUGGCAGGGGCAGUCCUUUCCGCACUUAACACAAUGCUUGAUGCAUCCAUGUUAACAUUGUUAUUACAACAAUUAGAGCCCAGAAUCAUUUUUGUCGAUUACCAAUUUCUUGAAGUUGGCCUCAAAGCAUUGGAGACGCUCUCAUCGCUAACCAAAACCAAGCCUCCAGUUCUUGUUGUUGUCGCAGAGGAUGAUAAAUCUUCAAUAUUCAUAAAAGAACUCCCAUCGGGUAGCCUAGACUAUAACGAGGUUCUAGCAACAGGACAAAUUGAUUUCAAGAUUAUACCUCCAAGUGAUGAGUGUCAUCCAAUCUCAGUGAAUUACACUUCUGGCUCAACAGGGAUGCCUAAGGGCGUGGUGUAUAGCCAUAGAGCCGCCUAUCUUAAUACGUUGGCUGAGAUUUUUCGCAGUGAGAUGAGAGAGAUGCCGGUGUUUCUAUGGACAGUGGACAUGUUUCGCUGUAAUGGGUGGUGCUUCACUUGGGCAGUGGCGGCUUUAGGUGGCACCAAUAUCUGUAUUAGAAAUGUCACAACAAAAGUCAUGUUUGAUUCCAUUUGUCUUCACAAGGUGACACAUUUUUGUGGUUCAACCACCAUAUUGAACAUGAUUGCAAAUUCUCCCACCACAGAUCAUCGGAUACUUUCUAGCAAGGCAGUUAUGAUAGUUGCUGGAGCACUGCCACCACCUCAAACUGUCAACAAAAUUAAGGAAUUGGGUUUCAAUGUCAUUCACGCCUAUGGAAUGACAGAAGCACUAGGUCCAGUGACUGUUAAAUUGUUAGUACCCUUAGGUGAUGAACGUGAAAAGCUAAAAUGUCGCGAAGGGAUCCACCACAUUAUGAUGGAAGGAGUUGAUGUAAAAGAUCCAACAACAAUGAUAAGUGUACCGUCUGAUGGGAAAACCAUCGGUGAGGUGAUGCUUAAGAGCAACACUAUGAUGUCAGGGUACUUAAAAAAUUCACAAGCGACUCAACGAGCUUUUAGGGGCGGGUGGUAUAGGACUGGGGACUUGGGAGUUAGACAUCCAAACGGAUACAUACAAAUGAUGGACCGUGUUGUUGACACAAUUAGUUGUGGGGGAGAGAUUAUAAGCACACUUGAGGUUGAAGCAGUGCUAGCUAGUCAUCCAAUGGUACUUGAAGCCGCUGUUGUUGGGAGGCCUGACGAGCGUUUAGGGGCGACGCCUUGUGCUUUUGUUAGGUUGAAAGAGGGGUGCAGUAGUACAAGUGCCCAAGAAAUUAUUGAGUUUUGUAGAGAUAGAUUGCCAAAUUAUGAGGCUCCUUGGAGUGUAGUUUUUGGGGAUUUGCCAGUCAAUUCAACUGGAAAGAUACAAAAAUUUGUUCUUAGAGAGGAGGUCAAAGCCAUAGGCAAUCUUCCUUGCUCAAAUGGACAUUGAUGUAACUAUCAAACCACAAUAAUUUAGGACUUUCUUGUAAAAUUGUGAAUGUUGGUUUCAUAUAACUCAACUGUUUGUCAAA